UUUUUUUUUUUUUGUUUUCUCUUCUGUAAAUUUUACAUCAAAAUCUGAACUUUAGUUUUGUAACCAUUCCUAUAGAGAUCGAGAGAACGUGCUGGUGCUUUGUGUAGGAAUUUACCGGUUAAAUUUUGAAACUUGGAUCGGGUGUUCUCAGAUUUGGUAGUCUCCGACCGCUUCUUACUGGUAGGAAUCGAUCAGAUAUGAACUGGGUUCAACGCAAAAUCUAUCUUUACAAUGUCACCUUUGGCCUCUACAUGCUUGAUUGGUGGGAACGAUACCUCUUCAAUUCUUUGGUGGUAGUCUUGAUGUGGUUCGUUAUAUACAACGGUACACGCUACUUUUCGGAGCUCUACCAGAGGCAUUUGACAUGAAAACAGGUCUUAUUUCUCGCACGGUAAAGCAUGAAAAGCCUGGAACCUCCCCAAAGGCAUGCACGUUUGGUUCCAAUUUCUGAGAUAUAUACCAACAAAAACCUCCUUUUCCAGCGUCACCUCUGAUUUUUUUGUCAAAUUUCCUCCAAAGGCUCCAGGACUAUUCGUAUGUCUCUGUAUCAUUUGUUCUCAUGUUUCCGAAAUCAACAGAGCUUAUUUAUAGACACAUAAGAUCGCAAGUCUUUCUGUUGUAUUUAUUUCCAAAUCACUUUGAUAAAUGACCUCAAAGCAAUACUACAUUAUUAGUUUCUU